AUGCCGACUAUCGUCAACUUCCUACAGUUCUCUUUGCCAUCACUUCAUCUCCAUCUCUGUCUCCUCUUUUUCUAUAUAGGUCAAUAGUUUUUGCGCCAAGAAGAGGGUUUGUUUUCCUUUCAUUCUCUGAGCUACAAAGAAAAGAGUAAAGGGUUUCAGGGGUUACGUGAUGAGUUUUUCUUCUUCAGUUUGGUACUGCUCAACUAUCAACGCUUCAAUUACAAAACGGAGAUAAUCUCGUAUUUUUUUCAAUUAUAUAAAUUUUGGGUUUCUGUUUCACCUCCUCUUUGUGAACAACAUAUGGAUCCGAAUUUUCGGAGGAAAUGGUAGGAACACUUUUUUAGUGAUUCCAUUUUAACACCUUUAAAGCUUGAAGUUGGUAUAGAGUUCAUAAUCUGUGGUUUUGGCUUGAUUUGAGGGGUCUGAAACGAUGAUGAUGUUUGAAGACAUGGGGUUUUGUGGUGACAUUGAUUUCUUUCAGUCCCUUCCUGUAAAGGGGGCAGAUAUGUGUUCUACUCAGCCUGCUGAGGCUGAGGCUGAGGCUGAGGCUGAAGUUGAGGUGGAGCCGGUGGUGGAGGAUGAGGACUACACCGAUGAGGAGAUCGAUGUGGAUGAACUGGAGAAGAGAAUGUGGAGGGAUAAGAUACGGUUGAAACGGCUCAAAGAGAUGAGCAAGGGCAAAGAAGUCGUUGACUGUGUGAAGCAACGACACUCACAGGAGCAGGCGAGGAGGAAGAAGAUGUCGAGGGCUCAGGAUGGGAUCUUGAAGUACAUGUUGAAGAUGAUGGAAGUGUGCAAUGCUCAAGGCUUCGUCUACGGGAUCAUACCAGAGAAGGGCAAGCCCGUGAGCGGGGCAUCUGACAAUCUGAGGGAGUGGUGGAAGGAGAAGGUGAGGUUUGAUCGCAACGGGCCAGCUGCGGUAGCUAAGUACGAAUCUGAUAACAUGAUCCCGGGCAAGAAAGAGGUGUGCAGCCCUAUUGGUCCGACCCCUCACACGUUGCAGGAGCUUCAGGACACCACCCUCGGCUCUCUCCUAUCGGCUCUGAUGCAGCACUGCGACCCUCCCCAGAGGCGAUUCCCAUUGGAGAAGGGGGUCUCGCCUCCAUGGUGGCAGACUGGGAAGGAGGAGUGGUGGCAUCAAUUAGGUCUACAGAGGGAACAGGUCGGUCCUCCGCCUUACAAGAAGCCUCACGACUUGAAGAAGGCGUUCAAGGUUGGCGUCCUGACUGCGGUCAUCAAGCACAUGUCUCCCAACAUUGCUAAGAUCCGGAAGCUUGUGAGGCAGUCCAAGUGUUUGCAGGACAAAAUGACGGCCAAGGAGAGUGCGACCUGGCUGGCCAUCAUUAACCAGGAGGAAGCCAUUGCUAGACAGCUCUACCCCGACCGCUGCCUGCCCCCGUCCUCCUCCGAGGGCAGCGGAUUGUUCCCCUUCAACGAGUACGACGUGGAAGUGGCCGAGUCGUCUAACUUUGACGUGCAAGAGCAGAAACCUAACCCGCACGCUCUGUUUCAUCCCAGGAAGGACGAAACCAUCAUCAACUUAGACAUAUCCAAGAAGCGAAAAUUGAGCAACGAGGCAACUGGCACGACGAUGGUGAUGGAUCGACCACCGUGCGAGCCUCCUCAAUGCCUGCUCAACGACGGAUUUCGUGAUCGAGACAGCACCCAACGGUCUUGCCCUUUCAAGCAGCAAUGUGAGUUUGGGGCUUCGAGCUUCCAUAACGACAGCAACAAUCAUAUGAAGCAGCCAGUCGCGUAUCCAGACUCUUUCAAUUUGUCGGGGGCCGGGGUUCCAGAAGAUGGGCAGAGAAUGAUCAACGAGCUGAUGUCGUUCUAUGAAAGUAAUGUGAAUGCAGGCAAUAAUAACAAGGAGUUGCAGAGUGUGAACAUGGGGGAUGGUGGUGAGUCAUUCCGGUCGGCUGACAGUUUCCCGAUGAUGUUUAGCUCGCCGUUGGACUUGGGCGAGGGGUUUCGGAGGCCGAAGCAAGAUGUGUGGUACUACUAAGUAAGGAUGCGGUUGCGGCCACAGUAAAAUAAAUGGCUUAGAGCACUCCCAAUGGGGGUGGCGAAAAUCCGGCGAAAAAUCGCCGAAUAUCGCCGGAUUAUCGCCGGCCGUUGUGGUGAAAUCGGCGAUAAUUCGGCGAUAAUCUUACCGUUAUUUUGCCAAGCGGCGUUUUUUCGCCGGAUUAUCGCCGAGCGAUCGCCGGCCACUGUGGGCGACGCUCGGCGAU